CUUACUAAAUGAAAUUUGUUCUUCAAAAUUCACGAUAACAAGCCCUAGACCUUAAAAUUGGCGAAUAAGAAUCUGUUUUUCAGAGAGCAUCCGAGAAUUUACCCCCCUAAUUUGGACCACGGUGAUCGUUUAUCCCUGUCCAAUUUAUCGAAAAGGCUUUUGAUAUUUGUUAAAGAAGAUAAACUGCAAUGAGAUUCAAAACAAGGGAGGUGGUUUCAAGGAAGUUAUUGAUACCUUGCCCUUCGUCGCCACAAGGUGCAAAGUGUUUCGUAACUGGAGACGUUGUUGAGGUCUUCCAUCAAUAUUCUUGGAAGAUUGCUGUGGUCGUGAAUGUUCUAGGAGGCAAAAAAGAAAUUAGAAAUAAGAAGAUCUAUCCCAAGGUUUUGACACGCAAGAAUCAAUAUUUAGUGAGGCUAGUUGGGUGCUCAAAGGAAGUGGCUAUUAAUAGAACGAAGAUCAGGAUGAGACAGACAUGGCAUGAUGGAAAAUGGGUUCAAUCGGCGAAGAUUCCUCAAGUAGGUGAUGAUUUAAUAGUGAGCAAACCAUCAAAGUCAAAUUUUUGUCUGAAGAUGAACUCCCAGGGUCCAGCGUUCAAUUCUAGAGUUAACUAUCAACCUGGAGAAGAUUGUGGAAACUUCAAAGAUGAAGCUGCACCAAGGGAAUCUGCUGUGAUCUCUUCAAGAUCCAUAAAGAGGAUGUCCCCAUAUGUUUCAUCUGUUAUUGAAGCCAAUGACAGACAUGUACAAAAGUUUCAAAGAGCUGAGAAAGAAGGCUGGAAGCAGCGAGUGGUUUCUGACAGGGUACUUGACAAGGUACAUGCUGUUGCUUACCCAAACGAAACUUUGGGUGAAAAAUACAUGCAUGCUUCCCGUAACGCUAUAACAAAUGGAUAUGAUCAAAUGAAGAGGGAAACACAAAAUGAUGCUCUUGGGUAUUCUGGGUUCAGAAACUCUGACGUAAAUAGUUCUGACAGUGAUGCUAGUUCAGUUGGUAGUUGUAGCGUUACUAACCAGAGUCUUAAAAACUAUUAUAAUCGUUUUAUGCCUGUGCAUUGCCAAGAGACAGACACCCUUAGUGAUGCAGAGUCGUAUCAUCGUCCAGGCUCUGAGAGGGAGAGUUCCUCUCUCCCCUCAAAUGAGGAGGUUGAGGUCAGUAUACAUAGCUUAGAGUUGCAUGCUUACCGCAACACUCUGGAAGCUUUGUAUGCUUCUGGUCCCUUAAGUUGGGAUCAGGAAGCAUUAUUGACUAAUCUUCGUAUUAUGCUCCACAUUUCAAAUGAUGAACAUUUGAAGGAGCUGAAACACCUAAUUUCCACUAAAACUGCAAAUUACUGUUAGAUGAUUGUACAAAAUGUUCGUAUAUCAUUGCUCUUUUUUACAGCAUUGUAGAAAUUGCUCUUUUGUCAACAUUGUAAGAAGAAACAUGAAUGCAAAGUUGUAUCUUCUCCAUAUUUCUUUGCAGACAGAUUGACAUUUUGUAACUAAGAUAUGUGUGUCAAUUCUUAAUUUAUCAUCAGUGUAGUGCAUUUUUCCAGGCUUUUAUUGUAUCCAUUUUUGUUAAUGAUCUGUUAUGUCUUCUAUUGCUUCUAGUUCUUUUUGAAAUGAGUGGAGCAAAGCUCAAGUGCUCAUGCCAAAAAAUUGGGUGCACCAGCCAAAUAUGUCAUCUGAUAAUCAAGAGAUGCCAACUAUUGUUGUAUCCGAUCAUGUAAGAGACCUUCUAUUUGCACCAUUUGGUGUCAGAUGUCCCUUAGCUUUAAAUAUUGUGCUCUGCAUAACCGCAUUGCAGAUUUCUAGUAUUUUGACUACUUAGCUUUUGAUGAUCUGUACAUGAGAAAUUGAAUGUUGAAGUUUACAGUUGACUUUGGCCUGCAAUAUAUUGCUAGUUCUUCAUAUCUGAAACUUAAUCAAAGCUGCAUUUUUGGCUCUACUGUACAGACUAUAUAGUUUGAUUGCUGCUUAUUAGUGAAAUUCUGUGUGCAAUGCAUUGAUGGUUUUACUUAUGUAAGUAUGAUUUCCUCCAUUUGAUUUGGCUGCUCUUGUACUCUGCACAUGUAUUUAUUUUCCAGGGAUGUGUUGAUCAUGCUUGAAUCCUGUACUUAUUUUCCAGGGCUACAGGUUGAAGCAUGCAUAAUUUGCUUCCAAUGGUGCAAAGAUGAUGCCAGGGUUCUCUUGGCAUUGAAAUUUGGGUGAUUCAGUUGCCUACUUUCAUAGAUAUGCUACGAUUAUGGCCACUCCCUGGUAUCACAUGGUUUAUGCCACUUCAGUUUUUUCUCCUUUUCUCCCCGCUUUAACUUGAUAUUAUAGGAUGUAUUUACCAGAAGAUGGUAAAUGUUUAAGAGGGUUGUUUGUACCAAUUUUAGUGUCUUAUUUUAUUAUACUUAAUGUCAAUGGCUCAUUGCAUAAAGUCAUGCUUUAUUCGGUUAACAGAUCGUGGUAAGAUUAGAUGAUUGAGAAUGAGCCUUGAAAACAUUCUUGAGAAGAUGAAAAGAGUUGGAGAUGCAGCUGUGAGAGAUUAUGAGAAAUUAUAGUGUUCAGACUGAAUGCAGAUUGGAGAGAUGAUCAUUUGUUGCUUAUGAUUUGUUACUUGAUAUGUAUCAGAAACCCCUCUGCGUAGUGACUUGUUUUUGGCCUUCUAGCAACACAGACACAUGUCAUCGGUCCUAAAAUGCCAGCUGGCAAAACUUGAUUCAACUAAGGAAACAGUUGAGGAAGCUGAGAGAAAGCAAUAAUAAUGUUGUGGGUAGUAUUUUGGCAUGCAAAAAUUGUGAUUAUUAGUACUAUUGUUAUAUGUCAUCUUGUUAAUAGAUUUUGAUUUUUUUUUAUUAUGCCAUUUACUUCUUUUGACCAUGUUCAA